CUCUUCGACCCUUUCAAGUCAAAGAAGAAAGAGUAGGGGGAAAAAUAAAAAAAAAGGAAAAGUAGGUAUGAAAUGGGGGAUGAGAGAGGAAGAGUCACAGCUCAUGGCAUAUAUUCCGCCAACAUAACCCCACUCAUGCUUCCUUAUAUGGAGUGAGAUCACAAGUAACUCUUCCAAAAAAAGCAAAUGGAUCACCUGCAAAAUGUGCAAAAUCAAAGUAUGCGUUUGGUUAUGUCCACUGAUGCCAAGCCUAGGCUGAAAUGGACUCCUGAGCUUCAUCAACGAUUCAACGAGGCAGUUAAUCAGCUUGGAGGUGCAGAAAAGGCAACUCCAAAGAAUCUUAUGAGGGUGAUGGGGAUUCCAGGACUCACUUUGUACCACCUCAAGAGCCAUUUACAGAAAUAUAGACUUGGGAAAAGCCAGCAACUAGAAACCUGCUCUGACAACAAACAAGAAGAUUACAUAGAAAUCAAGAGCAGUGAUGGUCAUUGCAGCAGAGAAAUCAGUGUUGGGACACAUAAUAAGAUGACUGAAAGCUUGAAGAUUACUCAGGCUCUCCAAAUGCAAAUGGAAGUACAAAAGAAACUCAAUGAACAAAUUGAGGUGCAGAAACAUUUGCAACUCCGAAUUGAAGCUCAAGGGAAGUACUUACAAUCAGUACUAAUGAAGGCACAGGAAACACUCGCAGGAUACAGUUCUUCCACAGGAGGUGUAGAACUUGCAAAAGCUGAACUUUCUCAGCUAGUUUCAAUAAUCAACAAUGCCUGCCCAAGUUCUCCAAUUUCAGAACUAACAGAAACAAGAGGGUUCAGUUUAAACUGUGGGGAGAGGAAACAAAAUAGAGGAACUAUGUGCUCACUGGAAAGUUCUUUGACAUCAUCUGAAAGCUCUGGGUCAAAAGAAGAAAAGAGGCACAUGGAUGAGGCAGAGAACCUACAAAAGUCUAAUAGUAUUUCAUUUGAAUUGCCAUUAAUGGUCACUCACCCAGAAGAUAAAGCAUUCAAGGGAGAUACAAGUGAUGUAGAAAGUGGGAGAAAGAUAAGGGCAGAUUCUGAUGGUGGCUGCGUUGAUCAACCAUCUGGAAAGAGAUUUUGCAACAAGUUGAGGAAAUCUGAAUUGUCAGAAAUGCUUGACUUGAACAGCCACUAUCAGAGAGACAUUGACUCAAGUUCCAAAGAAAUAGAUUUAAAUUGCACUUCUAGCUUUUGGGGACAAUGAAGAUGGUUUCUGGUUAUAUUAACAUAUGCAACAAAAUCAUUCUCAUGAGAAAAUCUGUUUAUAAACUAUGUAUAUUUUUAUAAUGAAAAGAAAGAACAAUUGAGUGUAUAUCCUGGUCAAUAAAAGGUAUAAUACACGUAUGGCA